CUGCCGGAGCUGGGACACACGCAUAUAUGAACACCCCCACGCCUUCCCCCACGUCCCCCGACCCUCAGCCCAGCCCAGACCCCCUGCGGUGGCAGCGUGGAGGCCUGGCCCGGCCCCGCCCCGCCGCCUCCCCGCCCCUGGGCCCGGGCCCGCCCCGGGACGGCAGCACCGCUCUUGGCGGGGGGACCGCGGCGGCUGGGCCCAUUUCGGCGGCGAGAGCAGCGCCAUGGCGGGGCGGGCGCUGCGGGCCGCGGUGCUGGUGCUGCUGGCGGUGCUGCCCGCGGCUCUGCGGGCCGACACGCCGGCCAACUGCUCCUUCGCCGACCUGCUGGGCGCCUGGGAGCUGCGCGUCUGGCGGGGCGGCGGCCGCCACGGCAACUGCUCCCAGGCGGGGCCUGUGGAAAGAAAGGUGCUUGUGAAUUUUCAGAAGUUAGAUGUGGCUCAGGAUAGUCUAGGCAACUAUGGUUUCUUCACUCUGAUUUACAAUCAAGGCUUUGAAAUGGUGCUAAAUGACUACAAAUGGUUUGCAUUUUUUAAGUACAAAAAAGAAGGACAGAAUGUAACCAGCUACUGCAAUGAGACUCUACCAGGGUGGGUACAUGAUGUACUUGGCCACAAUUGGGCUUGUUUCACCGGACAGAAGAUUUCUUCAUCUCCCUCAAAUGUUCACAUAAACGAACUACCUCUCCAGAAACCCAGGGGAAGACUUUCAGGCAGACCUUAUGUGCACAACUUUGACUUCGUAAAUGCUAUCAAUGCUCACCAAAAGUCCUGGAGAGCAACAAGAUACAAGGAGUAUGAGCACUUUUCCCUAGAAGACCUAACUAGAAGAGCUGGGGGUGUCUAUUCCAGAGCUCCAAGACCGAAGCCUGCACCUCUAACACCCGAGUUACUCAAAAAAGCUUCAAGCUUGCCAGAAUCCUGGGACUGGAGAAAUGUGAAUGGUGUUAAUUAUGUCAGCCCUGUUCGGAAUCAAGGCUCCUGUGGUAGCUGUUAUGCAUUUUCCUCCAUGGGCAUGCUGGAAGCAAGAAUACGUAUCCUUACAAACAACACUCAAACCCCAAUCUUUAGUCCACAGCAGGUUGUGUCUUGCAGCCAGUAUUCUCAGGGUUGCGAUGGUGGCUUCCCAUACCUCAUUGCUGGAAAGUAUGUCCAAGACUUCGGUGUGGUGGAAGAGGACUGCUUCCCUUACACAGCACAAGAUACUCCAUGCACUUUCAAGCACAGCUGUUACCACUAUUACACGUCUGAGUACCACUAUGUUGGUGGUUUCUAUGGAGGAUGCAAUGAAGCCCUGAUGAAGCUUGAGCUUGUUCUGCGUGGGCCAAUGGCUGUUGCCUUUGAGGUUUAUAAUGAUUUCAUGCUUUAUAAAGAGGGGAUCUACCAUCACACUGGGCUUCAGGAUCACUUCAAUCCUUUUGAAUUGACCAAUCAUGCUGUCUUGCUGGUGGGCUAUGGUACAGAGCCAGAAAGUGGUGAGAAGUUCUGGAUUGUAAAGAAUAGCUGGGGCACCUCAUGGGGAGAAGAUGGUUACUUCAGAAUCCGCCGUGGCACUGACGAAUGUGCAAUUGAAAGCAUUGCAGUGGCUGCAACUCCUAUUGCAAAAUUAUAAAUGCAGAGGUCUUCAUGCAGUGCCUUGUCCCCAGCCAUAAGAAUAUACUGAUUGAUAGGGAUCUGUCCCCUAGCUUGAACAGGGGAGCUUUAAUGACGUUUUCAAGAAUAGAGCAGACAGUGUCCCUAGGUGAGAGGAUGAACACUGUUAGCUCUGCUCUGUGCGCUGGAGGCUUCCUCUCAAGUCUGACAGUAGAUCACCUAGAAUGCAGUGGCUGUUUUGAUAACAGUGGUGAUAUCAUCAUUGGAUAUACAUCUUCAGUCACCAGUUGUAUUUUCUUCCUUAGUCAAUCUUGAACUUUGGAUCUCAGAGGGAAGCAUCUGCUAUGAUAAUCUCUAACUACUCUGAAAGGACACUGUAGUGCCUUACUUCUCAGAAAUCAGGAAAUCACUGCAAUUUAGAACAUACGUGUAUUGGGGAGGGAAAGGGCAAUUACUCUGAUUAAAAGGAGAUUUGAAAGCUUUAAGUGCCCUGCAAAAACUGCAUGUCAAACCCUUAUGACAAUGAAAAUCAAUUCUACAUUUCAGGCUGUUACUAAAUGUUCCAGUUCUGGAUUUUAUUGCUGUGCUUUGCAAUUGAUCAUCUCAGAGUUCAAUAAAAAAAUUACCCCACUCCUAGAGGAGCUUGUACUUGUGGAAGCAGUUGGUUCUUUCAGUCACUUGUCUUCAGUUUUGAACUUCCUGUCAAGAACUUUUUACCUUAGCAGGACCUAAAGUAGUGGGGAAGGAGGAUGAAAGGGGAGAGGAACAAGGAAUCAUCCAGAGGAGACCAGGAUUAUCAUAGCAGACACUAUCAAGCAAGUUGUCCAGGAGUCUGGUAGUCGUUGCUGUGGAGGUGGGACAGCUCAUUGAGUAAAUUGGCUAAUUCCUCACUAAUCCUGUUUCAGUGCUCUCUUAAUCUGUUGCCCUGUUUUUUUUCAAAUAUACAAGGUAGAAAUAUAGAGGGUGGGUUUGCAACACUUGGAUAAAGCAUUUCUUGCUAGAUGAAAGUCAGCUGCAACAUGGUACUCAGUUAAUGCAGGGCUGGUGUUUGCUGUUCUUCAUAUGAGUAAAUAGUGAGUAAAGAGGAGAGUCCCAGAUACAUGGGUAAGUGGCUUAUUUGAUAAUCUGAUAAAAUAAUAUGUGACCAAAGUAGUAUUUUUAUGUACAAAAUAGAAUCUUACGGUUUGGGUUUUGACUGGGGGGGGGGGGGAGUGUUUGGUUUUUUUGGUGUGUAGAGAAAUUUAUAAAACACAGCACAAUGGAACUGUUGUCUGUAAUCAAAAUAUCCUAUUUAAUGCAGGAGG